CAAAGAGAAGAGGGAGAGGAGAUGGAUAGAUUUGGAGGAAGGUUCGAUGGAGGAAGAGGGAGAUUCAACAGAUGUGAAAGAGAUGGGUGGCAGUACAGAAGGAAAGAGGAGGGAGAGAACCACCACAGAAAUCUGACGCCAUGGGAGGGCAGGAGAGAGUUUGCUAGAGGAAGAGAGAUUGGAAGAAAUCAAGAGAGACAGGAGAAUAGGUAGGACAUAGUCGCCGGAGGAGGGGGUGAAGAUGAAGAAGCAGCAAAAAACAAGGUCAAAGACAAGGAUGAAGGGCCUGGAGCUGAGCAGGGGGGAACCUCUGGACCCCUGGAAAGAAGUGGGCAAGAUCUACUACAACAGCAACAUGUACUGCUCAAUGCUCUGUUAGCACAAAUUUCACAAGGCAAGAUUCUCUCUGGUAGUGAGGCAAACACCAGAGGUGGAGCUAGUACUGGACAGAGUCAUGGGGGGAGUGAUUCCAGGAGCAGUGGAACAAGCAAGGGGAUGACAGACCCCAAGAAUUUAGGGAAGCAAGGGAGAGAGGCUCUGAUGAUUCACAACAUUGGAGGAAAUCAAGGACAGAGAGGAUUGGAUGCUGGAGAUGGAGAUCAAUAUACCAAUAGGAACUCACAUGAUGGAGGGAGAUCAGGAUUUGGGGGGGCAGAACAAUAUGUUUUGCAACAAAUGCAAAGAAGUGAAUCACUUGACCAAAGAUUGCCCCCUUGGUCAUUGUGUGAUAUGUGGGAAGAAAAAUCAUGUUACUGAUGAGUGUAACUGGCUGAAGCAAAUCAAGCCAGUGCCCAAGUUUGUUGGAUAUGCUGCCAGGGGACUUGGUGUGUUGCUGGUUCAGAGUACAAAAGAAGUCCUGGAAAUGGAAAACCCAAACCCAAUGGCUAUAAUCUCAGUGGUGUCAGGAGUGAUCAAUGAAACUCAAUUGGUGGACAGAUUACAUUACAUGUUCAAUUGGAAUUGGCAGUGGAGGUGCAAGAAGCAUGGGGAAAAUGCUUUUUUGGUUAGGUUCCCAAACAAAUGAAGACUGGUGGAACUGAGCAAAUGCAAUGAUUUUACUUUGUUAGGUUCAGGUGCUGUGAUUAAUGUGAAGUGGUGGAGCUUUGACUCACAAGCAGUGGGUAAAUUGCAUACUAUCUGGGCCUUAUUUGGAAAGGUACCUGAAUGCUUUAGGCAUUUUUUUGGUAUGUGUGAGGUGGCUGCAACACUGGGUCCAGUUCUGGAAAUUGACAUGAACACCAUUGCCAAGGAGAAGAUUAGAGCCAAGGUUGGAAUAAGAGAUUAUGAAAAAAUUCCAGCCUACACUGAAGUCACAGAUAAGGACCUGAUGAUAUACAAGAUUGUCCCUGAACUAGAAAGUGUUGUUGAGAUGGGAUGGUAUGGAGAACAUAAGAGACAUGAGAGUGAGGGAGCAGAGGCGGAACACAGUGAGGGAGUCAUGAGGAAAAGGCACAAAGGAGAAGAUGAUAACGUGAUAGGGAAUAAAGAGAUGAUAUCUUUGGGUAGUUUGGGACUAGCACAAUUUGAGGAGCUGAAGAAGAAAAAUGUGGAAAUAAUGAGAAUCCAAAAGGAACAAGCUAUAGAGAUGGAGGCAAGGAAAAAAAGUGGAGACUAGUAUGGAAAUGAUCAUGAAGAAGGUGACAGAUCUAGAGGAAGACAAGGCAAGACAAAAAGCUCUCAGAAUGAAGGAAGAAAAGAAGAUCAUGGAAUUGGAACAAGAGAAGAAAGUACUCAUGGAAAUGAUCAAUAAACAGCAAGGUGUGAUUGAUAGAUGUGUGGAUAAAAUUGAGAUGUGGGAAACAAGAGAGAAAGAAUUGGAGGAGAUAACUGAUACUGAUCUGAGAAACAUGGACACUGACAAAAAGGAAGAAAAUCACAAUAAUUACAAUGAGGCAGUGGACUACAAUGCUAGUCAAGAAUCUGUCUCCUUUGCUACUAAGGUAGGAGUGAAAACUGGAGAAAAUGAGGCAGAAAACAGUGAGACAGAGGAGGAACAACUUAGAAGGUGUGGGAGGUUGGCUGGCAAGCAGGAUUCUAAAAUUGAAGAUCUGGCCAAGGAGAGAGCGGCUGCCAAAGAUAAUUAUGAAAAAAAAAGCCGGAGGAAAGACUAAUGCAGCUGGGAGCAAAACUAAUCAAGCAGGUGGCAAGUGAGAUUUACAAAGCAACGCAAGGGUGGAGGCCUGGUGUUCGUCGUCUGGAGGCUUGAUCAACGUGAAGACCGGCUCUUCCUUCCUCUCUGUGUGGGCUUGUAAUCUGAAACUUGCUUAAAUAAGUAGGUGGAUGAUGAUGGUUGUAUGCGAUGCAGUUCUAUCCUUGUGUCUGAUGCAGGGGUAGUAUGUAGGCUCUGAUCUAGGUUCCGUGCUUGAUGAGAUGUAUGACUUUUGAACCA